UGUAUCCACAUGUGUUGUAAUGUCAUUUUUUUCUCGUAAAAUUGGAGCUUUUCUCCUGAAUAGAAUUGUUAUUAGAAAUUGUCAACAAAAGAUAUAAUUCGUUCAAGCAUGGCUCAUCGAGUCCUUCGAAAAUAUCCUAGAACGACGAUAAAUCGUGUCCAGAAAAUAGUGCAAAAGUUUGAGUAUCUACUAGUAAUGGACUUUGAAGCUACAUGUGACAAGCAAGUAACGCUUCAACCUCAGGAAAUUAUAGAAUUACCAUGCGUAGCACUGUCUACUAGCGAUUGGAAGUUGAAGGAUACAUUUCACGCCUAUAUUAGACCUAGGGUCUAUCCUAAGCUCACACCAUUCUGCAUAGAAUUGACAGGAAUUAUGCAGGAGAUGGUAGACGAUCAACCUUGCUUCGCGGAUGUAUUCUCAAAGUUUCGCAAGUGGUUAAUCGAAGGAGGAUAUUUUGAUAGAUCUGAUAAAAGUUCGUUCGUAACAUGUGGCAAUUGGGACUUAAAAACGAUGUUACCGAAUCAAUGUAACUUGGACAAUAUUACAUUACCAGAUGAAUUCAAGCAAUGGAUAGAAUUGAAGCAUACAUUUUGCGACUCUACUGGAUAUUAUCCAAGAAGUUUAAAAGAUAUGCUUACGCGAUUAGAUCUUUCAAUGCAAGGGCGUUUACAUUCGGGCAUUGAUGAUGUGAAAAAUAUGGUUUCCAUCAUACAAGCUUUAAAAGAAAGAUAUAACACGCAAUUUAAAAUUACUUCAUCAUUAACAAAUUCUGCAUUAGAUUUAAGCAAUCGUAAACAAAGCGAAGUAAGAAGAAUAUAAACAAAUAAAACAAAGAAAACACAUAGUUUGUUAAAAAUUAAGU